AUCUGGGGCAGUUUUUGCAAUGACUUCUCAACGGGAACACAGUGGACACUCACCCAGACUGGACGCUGUGAUUCAGAGGUUGGAGGCGUCUCUGCUUCAUUCUGAUGGCAGCUCAGGAGACAGGAGUCUGACACUUCAGGGUGAAGGACAAGAAUCCAGUGCCACACCUGUGCCUAUCUCCACUCGAAUACAUCAGAUCAUCACCCGCAACCUGGCUGAGCAGCCAGCUGGUGGAAGCUCUGAGGUCAGCGAACUGGAGGAGUGCAGGGCCCCUAGGGAGCAGCCGUCCCCAAGCCAGAUGGACUGUGACCAGCUGCUUGUUAAACACACCACUCUCACAGAGAAGAUGGAUGAGAUGCUGAUGCUGCAGUCAGCUGUGGACUCUGAUCAGUACUGUGCACCACCAGGAUCCAUCCAGCUGGAGAACAGGGAGAAGGCCUACAGUCAAAAACUGCAUGCCUACCAGGAUGCCCAGAGGAGACAAGCCCAACUUGUUCAGAAGCUGCAGAACAAGCUACUUCAUUACAAGAAGAGAUGUGGAGAACUAGAGGAGCAGGUGCUGGAGAAGACUUCAGAGACCGAAAAGAUGAGAUUGUUGCUGCAGGCCCACGUGGACUCAGCUGAGCGUCAGAGGAGUGUUGAAAAGGAUCUGAACGCUGCUGUCCAGAAAACAUCUGCUAAGCUGCAGGAGGAGCAGAGGAGGUGUUCCAGCCUCGGCCAAGUGAAUUCUGUACUAAGAGAACAACUGGACCAGGCAGACACUGUCAACAAGGAGCUAACUGAGAGCUUAUGGAAGGCCUGUGAAGAUGUAGAGUUGUGCGAUACUCGUCUUCGCAGAGAGCAAAAGAUGUGCGCCUCCCGGUCGAGUCGCGAACAGGCUCGUGUCAGAGCGCUGUGGCGCCAGGCUGCCUCCCUCAGGAGCAUUUUCACCCAGCUAAGGACUUUCACUGACAGAACUCUGUCUGAUAUGCGUGGCGAGUGUGUUGCCAUGAGCCAGAAACUACAGCUUGCAUGCAUCAACCUAGACGCCAGAGUGACAGAAGAAAAUGCCUGUGGUGGUGUGGAGAUGCAGCUGAAAGAUAAGCUGAAAGAGACCAUGCAGCUUCAGGCUCGCUGGGAUACAGAGAAAGUAGAGCUUAACUCCAGGAUCCAGGACUUGACUGAUACAUUGAAGCACCUCCAGAGCCAGAACACUGAGAAGAAUGCCAGCCUCAAAGCCAUGCAGAUCAGUCUGGACAGGAUGGAGACGAGGAGAGCAGAGGAUAAAAGUGAGAUGGAAAUACUCCACGCAGAGAUCCAAGCCCUCCAAAACAUUUUACACCAUAUUCACCAGUUGGUCAGUGAGGACGAGAGCUUUGAAAUGCUGUCAUCCUCUCAUCUCCAUGGCCAGUCUCCACUAAGCAACACCACCCUGAUGGCUGUACAGAAAGCACUCUCAAAGCAUCAGAAACAGGAGCUAUGUGCACGUUUGGAAGCAGCUCUGGAGCAAGUGGACACUUUGCAUGAUCAUUUACAGGAGAGGGAUGCUGAGAGGAUAAAGGUGGAGAAGAUGAUGCAGGAAGUACGGAGAGAAAGUCAGGAGGCUAAAAAAGCUUUGGAGGAAAGCCUCAAAGACAGCAGCAGAUAUCGUUGUUUACUGGAGCUCCUGUCCAGUGAGAAGGGCAGCCUGGAGAAGCAGCUUCCAGGACUGCAGCAGGAGGUAGACUCCCAGCGUGUGGAGCUGGAGGCACUGCGGAGCUCGUCACUGGACCUGCAGAGACAGCGGGACCUCCUGAGGCAGCAGAGGGAGGACUUAGAGAUGCAGCUGGCACGCCAGCACACAGAAGCUCAAAGAGGGGAGAGGAGUCUGCAGGAGCUUGAAGGGAAGCACUCAGAUCUGCGUAAUGAACUUACUACAGUGAAGGAGGCUCGGAGUCAAAUCACUCUGCAGAAGGAGGUGUUGGAGGAUGACAAGGCCAGCCUUGCUCUGGCUCUGAACAAGAUGGAGUCCCAGAGUGCUGCACAAGAGUGUGCUCUAAACAAACUGCAGAGUCAGGAGGCUGCUCUAAAAGAUUCUCUCGCCAAAAUGGCUGCCCUUAGUGAAGGCUUAGCUAAAGACAAGGUUGAACUCAAUCGCAUUCUGCUGCAGACAGAAGGUGAGAAAGCAGAACUUUGUGAACGUAGACGGGAAGCUGAAGCAGAGCGAGCAGCAACCAGAGAGGAAGCAGUUCGGGCACAAAAAGAGAUGAUGAAUCUCCUUGCUGAGAAACAAGCCCUGGAGAGCUCACACGUUCAGUUACAAGACCUCUGCCAGAGGCUUGAAGCAGAGCUGAGCCUUCUCCAGAAAGAGAGAGCUGAGGGCCUGGAGAAACACUGGCAGGUCAAAAGUCAGAUGCAGACUCUGACUGAGGAGCUGUGUGCGUGCAGGAAGGAGCUUGAGGCAAAGACCACAUCCAUAAAGAGAGCAACCCAUGACAUGGAGGAGCUGGCCAAGGACAAAGCAGCUCUGCAUGUCAAGCUAAACUCUGCUGAGCGAAAGGCCUCUGGUCUCACGCAGGAGCUGGUUAAACUGAGAGCAGAGAAAGAGUCUCUGGAGACGUCUCUGUUUGAGAGCCAGGAGCUUUCUGCUUCCCUGGAGGCUGAAUGCACCAGGUUGGAGGGUGAGAGGCGCAGCCUGAAUCUGGCUAACGAGACCUUGACGCGCGAUGCUGCUCAGAUUCGUGUGGAUUCUGAACAACAAAUUGCACAGAUUACACAGCAGCAGCAUGAGUUGGAGGAGAAGCUGGUGAAAGUGGAGAAGAAUGCCCAGAUGACACUGAACAAAAGAGAGCAAAUUCACAGAGAGCAGCUAGAAGCUGAACGUCAGCUAAAGGAGCAGCAGUAUGAAGAGCUGAUGGUUCAGCAGCAGCAGGCUGAAGAGCAGCUGCGCAGACAGUGUGAAGAGAUGCGUGUGCACAACCAGAAGGAGCAGCAGCAGGUGCAGCAGGAACUGGCCAGGCUGCAGAAGGAGUUCAACCAAAGCCUGCUGCAAGCUGAGAGUGAAAAGCAGCAGGCUUUGUCUCAGAAGGAGGCAGAGAAAGCUGCCCUCACAGGAAAGUUUUCAUCCCUGCGGCAGGAUCUGGCCACAGCACACAUAGAGAUGGAACGCAUGCAGAGGGAGGCACUCAGUAAACAGGAACAGGACGAGAAUGUCAUGACUGUCCUCAAAUCUGAGCUGCAGGACUUGCAGACUCAGUUUGAAGAGUCUCUGAACUCCCAUCAGAGUGACAAAAAAAGUCUCCUGGAGCAGGUCAGAGAGCUGAACCAGCAGAAAGAACAGGACAAGCAGGAGUUAGAUGGGCUUCGUCAGCGGCUGCCAGAGACAGAGGAUAGACUCAUUAAAGGGCAAAGAGAUCUGAUCGAGGCUCACAGAGAACUUCAGAGCUGUGCAGAGGAGCGAGACAAGCUACAAAAGGAAGCGCUGGACCUAAAACACCACCUGGGUAAUGAAAUGAAAGAAAAAGAGGCUAUCCAAGUUUCUAACCAGGAGCUUAGAGCUUUUAUCAAAAGAACAGAGAGUGACAACAGCAGCCUAAGACGAGCUCUGGAGGAGAAAGAACAGAAACUGUCCGUCUUGGAGGAAUGUAAUAGCUCAAUGCACCACGAGGCAGCCACUCUGAGAAGCAGCAUGAGAGAGCUGGAGAAGUCUCGUCUGCAGGGACGCAGAGAGCUGCAAGAGCUGCGUCGACAGGUAAAGGUCCUGGGAGGCGAGAACAGCCGGCAGAAACAGGAACUGCUUGAGCUGCAGGCUCGGGUAUGUCAGGAGGAGCAGAAGGAGGAGGAGGCACGUUGCGAGGCUUUCACUCUCGGGCAGAGAUUGCUGGAGUGUGAGACUGGCAAGGAAUCAGCGCUAAAUGAGGUUGCAAGGCUGCAGUGUCGUAUGAGGGAACUGGAAACAUCCGAUCAGCAGAGCCAACUACUGCUGCAGGAAAAAACAGCUUACCAGCAGCAGAGUGACCAGAGGCACAGAGAAACCACUACUCAGCUGGAGGUAGCGUUAGAGGACUCCAGGACCAAAGUCAAGGAGCUCUCUGUGCAGGCUGGGCUUGCAGAAAACAAGGCCCAAAGUCUGGAAGAGCAGCUGAGUCUGAGUGAGACCAAAUACAGGAGCCUGGAGCAGCAGCUGUCAGGACUGUACUCGGCCCUGCACCGCACUGUUGGUGUCAACUGUACACAGAUUUCUGAUAAACCUGGGUCACAAAAACUGUCCCUGCCUCCCUGGAGAAGACACCUGUAUGUGAAAGGGGGAGAGAGUGUAACAGAGGAUGAGGAGUUGGAAUCCGUUAACAUAGUCCUACAGGAAUUCCAGCAGGAACUCAGGGAUGCACAAAAAGAAAGGGAUGAGGCUAAGGCUCAGAUAGCCAGCCUGACUCAACAAGUAACUGAACUCAAAUGCUGCCAAGAGAAGUCAGCCACCCAGCUGCUACUGCUGCAGAGAUCUUUUAAACAGUCAGAGGAGGAAAAACGAGAACUGAAAGGACAUUUGCACAAGGUGAACACUUCCCUUACUCUGCAGAAAGAAGUGGUACAUCGUACAGAGCGGGACAAGAAAAACCUUGAGACAGAAGUGGCCCGGCUCAAGACUGGCUUGCAUGCUGCUCAGACUGAGUCCAGGGAACUACAGGACAACUUGAAGAUCUUUCAGGGUUUAGACUCGUGUGCACAUGCAGAACAGCAGAAGCUCAAAGAGUCUCUGGUGGCAGCAGAAAGCAGAGUGAAUCUACUCGAGCUCUCCCAAUGUACCCUCGAAGGUGAGCUGCAGAGGGCCCAUCUGAGAGCAGCAGAGCUGGAAGUGGAAGCCGGGGCUCUGCAGGAGAGACUGAAAGACAUGAGGAUGAAAUUGUGUGAGAGUGAAGACCGAUGUGCAGCACUAAGGGUCAGCGAGGAGAGGCUGGUCACGUCUCUGUCUCGAGCUGAGCAGCAUGAAAACCAGCUGAGAGGGCAGGUUCAGGAACUUUCAAACACCCUCAGUUACAACAGGACCAACACUGAAGCUCUGCAGGAGCAAACAACACGGCUGCAGGCGGCUCUAAGCGCCAGCGAGCAGGACCGGAGACUGCUGCAGGAACGUCUGGAUAAAACACGAGAUGCUCUCUCAGAGAGUAAAAGCCGGAACCACACACUGACAGAGCAGACCCAGAACAUUCAAAAAGCCCAAGAGGACUCAAAGCUGAAAAUCUCUAAUCUGGAGAAACAAAACAGGACACUGAAGCAGAGCUUGAAGCAACAGCAGGAGGCUGAGUUGGAAGCUUCCCAGCAGCUGCAGAGAGAGAAGGAGGAACUGCAAAAAAAUCUCACCAAUCUGCAGAGCUCCUUGCAAAAGCUUCAGAAUGAGAGGGCAGAGAUGGAGAAGGCCCUGGCACACCUCAGCAAAGAUAAAUCUGCUCUUAGAAGGACACUGGAGAAGGUGGAGAUGGAGAGGCUGAAGAAGGAGGAGGAGGCAGCGUCUGUUGCCAGAGAAAGAGUGCAGUUGGAGCAGGAGCUGGCUGAAAAGCAGGACCAGCUGCAGACUCUGCAGGCUCAAAUCUCCCAGUUGGAACACUCUCAUGCCCAGCGCCUCCUGGAGGUGACUGCUCGUCAUCACCAUGAGUUGGAUUUGGAGACAGAUCGUCUCAGGGACAGUCAGCUCCAAGCAGAAUGGGCCUUGGAGAGCAGGGAGAGGGCUCAUCGUCAGAGGGUCAAAUGCCUGGAGGAGCAGGUGGAGACUCUCAAAGAGCAGCUUGAUCAGGAGACCAGAAGACGACAGACCUAUUUCAGUCAGAUGCUGCAGCCUGGUGUGUAGGCAGUGUAGAAUGUGGCACAUCUGUCUUCUGACUUUGCUGCUCUCCAGGCAGCUUCCCAGUAAACUGUAUGUUUCAAGCUACAUCCUCACUUUGGAGGCACACAAACGCACUCCCAGGGCGUUCGCAACACCACGUACAAAGGAUUAGAUUAAUCUGCUGGAAACUCAACAACAACAAACAAUGAGUGUUUUGUUAAUAAAUGAGCUGGAUGUGCCAAAUUGUUUUUAGGAUUUCCUGUAGCUCACUAUUGUUUCUGUCGGAUUCUGCUGCAUUGCUUCUAGAGAACAGUGAUGAAAAGUUUUAUAGACUUAUUAGACUUAUUAGUCAUAUUACUCGUGUCUUAGCUUUAUAUUGUGAAUCCUAAUGAGAAUAUAAGAAUACUUACAGAUAUUUAGAUGAAUCAUUGAAUGAUUAUGGAAUUCUCCGGUGGAGUUUUAUUAUGAGUUAUGUUGAUUGUGACAGUGUGUACAAAAUGUCUAACCAUGUUCAAUAA